GCGAAUUCGCACCACCGACACCACUACUCAUCGACACACUGCCGGCUACGCACGCCCAGUAGCCCCGAAAUCACCUCCCGUAGCUUGCUAGUAGCUCUUCAAAUCGCAAAAUGUCCUUCGUCCGCGCCGCGUCGAAGGUCAGCCGAGUGGGCGUGCGAGUCCCAGCCUACCGAGCAACCCCCGUUGCGUUGAACACUCAGCGUGCUUUCUCGCAGUCGGCCGUCCGCAAGAGCGAUGCGCAUGCCGAGGAGACAUUCGAAGAAUUCACCGCCAGGUAUGAGAAGGAAUUCGAGAAGGUGAACGACGUUUUCGAGCUUCAGCGAAACCUCAACAACUGCUUCGCCUACGAUCUCGUUCCCUCACCCACCGUGAUCACCGCCGCUCUUCGCGCUGCCAGGCGUGUGAACGACUUCCCCUCAGCUGUCCGGGUUUUCGAGGGUAUCAAGUUCAAGGUCGAGAACAAGGGUCAAUACGCAGAGUACCUCCAGGAGCUCGAGCCCAUACGUGAGGAGCUCGGUAUUCCCCUCAAGGAGGCUAUGUACCCCGAUGAGAAGUAGAGAUCAGAGGCUCAGGCUGCGCAUAUUCGUUAUUACCAUGUUCCCGCCCCCACAUUUUACAUCAAAGACCAUGGUGCGCCUCUCCAACAAUGUAAAUGUCAACCUUUCCAUUUCUUAUCUUAGACGGAAGACCGGACGUGGAUGUGUGGCCUUGUAUAAUUACGGUGAUGUUUAUCUGUUUCACAAGAUGACGGCAGGACUGCGUAUGACUAGGAGGUUAUGAAGAGUGAGUCAGGCGACGGUAGGUAGCUGGAUAGAUAUACAGUGUUUUGUGUCUUG